ACAGCGAGUUUGUUGUGAAAGGAAGUGGACAAAAUAAAAGUUGUGUGUACACCGAUACUCGCCGUUAGAGGGAAAUAAGAGAAAACCAUCAUGAAAGAGAGAUAGGUCGUGCUUUGUUGUGCUAAACACAAGCAACGGCUGCUGCGCAAAAACAAAAGGCAGCGAACGCCAUUUCUGCAUCGGUAUUGUUUUUAAUCUUCUUGUUCUUCUGAUGCUGCUUUGAGAGCGAGGCGAGCAGUCAUGGACGAGACUUUCGACCGAGCUCCCGGAGCGGGGAGAACCCGAAAUUUCCUCGCGGACCCCGGGCUCGCUGACAACCCCGAGGACGGCGGGGAGACCAAAGCCGUGCUUUUUAACCAAAGGGAACCGCUGAGGCAGCCAAAGACCUCCCCGCCUUUUGCCGAGAACAACAUCAGCGCGGCCGACUCCGUCGCCGGUGGAGAUUUUAAAAGACAGAGCAAACCCCAACACAGUGCAAAUGCCAACAGUGCGCCUGCCCCCCGAGGUUUUAACGAAGUGGAUUCCGUGGUCAAGUCGUCGAAGCUUUCAGCCAGUGCCCCAGAGUUCGUCCCCUCUGCAAUGAGCUCGUACGAAGACCCCUUGUUUUAUGACGACAGCGAAGGUUAUUACGAUGAACCGACCUUGGCUGAAACGGUCGCAGACUUCCUCGGCCACCUGAGCUCCUCCCCGGGGUCCUUUGAGUUGGAUGUGGAACACAUAACUGGCAUGCUCAACUCCUGGGUCACCACUGAAGAACUGUUGAACGAGCUGGUGGAACUGAUCUACACACAGUCUACUGCCAUUCCUAACUUUGCUUACACUGGUGCCCGGCUGUGUAACUACCUGUCCCAUCAUCUCCAUGUCAGCCCGCCAAGUGGCAACUUUCGUCAGCUUCUCCUGAAAAGAUGUCGAACACAGUUCGAACAGAGGGAUGCAGCGGUUGGAGGAGACCCGGAGACUCAGAAGAAGUUCCACUCCUUCGUGCUCUUUCUGGGGGAGCUCUAUCUUAAUCUGGAGGUAAAGAGCGCGAAAGGACCUCCAAAUCGAGCCGCUAUCCUCCUCAUUGCUCUGAAAGACCUGAUGAACAGUCUGUUCUCCAAGCCUGUGGAUGCAAAUCUCAUCUGCGCCGUCAAACUGCUGAAGCUGACGGGCUCCAUCCUGGACGACGCGUGGAAAGAGAGUGGAAAACCACACAUGGAGGAACUGAUCCGAAGAAUAGAAACUAUUCUACUGGAUGCCACCUGCAGCCGAGAUGUCAGACAGAUGCUUCUGAAACUGGUGGAGUUGAGAUCGAGCGACUGGGGCAGAGUCCGCUCUGCCUCAGCAGCUAGCAACGCCACGCCAGACAACGACCCCAACUACUUCAUGAAUGAGCCCACGUUCUACACAGAAGACGGGACUCCUUUUACAGCAGCAGACCCAGAUUACGCUGAGAAAUACCAAGAGAUCCUGGACCGGCAGGAUUAUUUCCACGAUCUGGAUGGAGAAAAUGGAAACGAAGAUGAAAUAUACGACUCCGAAGACGAGAUGGAGCCCGAGAUGGAAGAAGCCUUUGAGAGUUUUUGUUUAGAAACCGAGAGGAAACGGCAGCAAUGACGCGGCAAGUGAGAAUCCAUUGCGAGAGCCGACAGGCGCAUACCCCCCCCCCCCCCCCCCCCCCCCCCCCCCCCCCCCAACCUGCUGGAAUGUUGAAAAAAACGCAAAGGAAACUAGCAUCCGAUAGGUUCAAACUUUCAUUUUACUGCAAGCAAGUGUUUUUAAACGGAAAAAGAUGUUUAUAGUUGCACUUCUGACGCAGUUUUCUCAGUCGGCGUCCACUUAGAGGAUGGGGACAAUCAACAGGGUUGAAUUGUUCAAAAUAUUCGAGGUAUUAAGGUGUUUUUUUUGGACAUGAAUGUUCUCUUUGUUUUUAAAAACGUAAUUCCUUUACGCCUAAACUAAAAUGCCAAGAGAGAAAUAGUGUGCUGUGUUUUUUUUCCUUCUUUUUUUCUGAAAGGCAGAUUCAUCAAACGUGUGCAUAAUUUGUGAAAUACUAAUUAUUGCCCCAUGCAUAUAGAGUACAGGCCACAACUCAUUGUCAGAGAUGCAUCAUCUUCAUGUAAAACGCACUGUAGAGGGCCGGUUGCUUUAUUCCAUACGCAAUGCAUAUACAUACAGCCUUCAUCCUCGAGCAUGAGGUCCUAGUGUCUCUUGUCAGAUUUCCAAUAUUUAACACUAUAUUCCAGGCUAUUCACUCGUUAGUCCGGCUGCAGUUCAUUUAAGUGGUCAGCAACUCUGCGAGAAGUAAAUACUUAGAUUUAGUCACAAACUGGGAAGUGAAUAUGAACAAAACGUUUUGUUUUCUUUAAAUAUACACACACACACCUUUUUAUGGGGCUAAAGUCAACAUUUUAAAAAGUAUUCAAUAAAAUGUCCACAAUUCUGAGAAUCGGCGGUCAGUGAGCUGUAACACAGUCACAGUUCUCCCAAGACAGAAAGACUGUUUACCAGCAAUCCAUGAAGCCCCUACAAAGGAAUGUUGUUUCAUAGUUUGUACAUAUUAUUUAUGGUAUUGUUUGCCUGCAAUAAAUUCUUUAUAAUGUGA